ACGAAGGAGAGGAAAGGUGUGGCGCUCCCGCAGCCACUUCCAGCGCCGCCUUGCCCGCUCUCCCCCCGCAUCGGGCUUUCGACCGCUGGCUCUAUCGACUCUCUGACCGGUGCAGUGGCUUCGCGGGUGUAAAAUUCUCACUGUGAAAAAAAAACAAGGAAAGAGAGAAAAAAAGGGAGAACUAGAAGGUGUUGGAGAGUGACUUUAUUUUGUCUUGGAAGCAGAAUACCAAAUUAAAUAAAUACUAGACAAGAGAUCUCAUGCCUGUGAAACCACGUGACAGUAGACGGUAGUUUCGAUAACGUCACACAAUCAAAAUGUCACGUCCCAACAGCUCAGCCGGGAUGGGCGGCCGGUGGGUCGUGAGCGCCAGCCCCGACGCCCCCGGGGGAAUCUCCUUCAAGGACUUCCUGCCGAUGCCGGACCCCGAUCACUCGACCUGCUGUACUCGCCAGUACUAUACCUUCAGCGAGACCGUGCAGCUGGCCAACGAGUGGCUGGGGCGCUACGAGGGCGCGCAGGUGGUCGCCUGCGAGACGCUCUCCUUCGUGGCCAGCGACGCCCCGCGCUCAUGUCUGGCGGGUCCCUGGCCCUCCGCCGCCCACCUCAGCGGACUGCGGGUGUGGCUGAAGAACCCUGAGUACGACGAGGAGUCGGGCUCGGCCAAGGGCCUCCCCGGCCGCGUCCUGCUGAGCUACCGGGACUUCACGCCGCGUCUGGGCGGGAAGUCGCUGUUCAGCCGAGGCUACGAGGACACGCUCGUGCUGCUGGGGCGCCUCAAUGAAUACAUCAGGGACAGAGUCACUCCCGCGCGGAUCCUCUCGGUUCACACGCUGGAUGCCCCUAUGGAUGGACUCUUAGACGUCGGCGCUGACACAGAGAAGUCGAGGAUAUCCUACGCGCAGCAUGGCUUUACGAGGUACUGCCGCUUCCUGCGUGUGUUUUCGGUGACCAGGUAUCAACACGGGCCCUUGGAUGGUCCUGCUCCCAAGAUCAAGGUCAGACUCAAGGAUUUCCAGCCGAAAGCAGAGGACAGAUCUGGCAGUGAGCGACUUUCAAAUCUUAUAAAGCGAGCACUUCAAUGGUGUGCCAUGACGCCAUAUAUCAGCGUUUUGAACUUCCAGGUGGUACCUCUCCGGGCCGGGGCAGAGAACACCGUCGCCUCCACGUGGGUCCUUGAGAGUCCUGGCCACAUCGCGAACAAGUUUUCUUCCUUCGUUCGCGUCAUCUACACCACCGAGGCGUCUAUGGAGGAAAACUCCUCUGCGUCGCUUCCCAACAACGCCCAGGAGAGCAGCGACCCCGCCAUCGAGGCCGAGGAAGGAGGCGGCGAGAAGGAGGAGGAGGAGGACGAGGACACAGGUAAAAUUGACGGCGAAGAGAAGACGGACGGCGGUGGCGACGACUCGGGGAUGUUCCUGGAAGCGAAAUCUGCUAUGAAUGGCAGCUCGAAAGCAGACACAAGCCUCCCAGGAGCCGUGCGGGAUGCAGCGCCUGCACUGGCGGGGUCGUCCCAGGUCAUUCACUGCAAAACCUUCAUCCCUCGCCUCGUGUCCAGUGGAGGGCUGUGUGGCAGUGCGGAGUGGGAGAAUAUGAGAGAGCUGCUGGAGAGACUCAACGCCUGGGUCGUGGCUUCGGAGGGCAGCUUGGUCACGCUGCAGACUCACCUCGUCUACGCCUCAGGUAAUGAGGUCCGCCCGGAAGAGACGCGGUGGGCGAGGCCCGUGAGGAACGCGGAGCAAGUGGGCGUCCUUCACGCCAUUGUGCAGGGAGGCCGCCCUCCCACGGCUUUUCCUUCCGCCCCCCCUCUGCCCUCCCGGAAGUGUGCUAUCAUGUGAAAUUUGUUGAGUGGGAAACGUGAAUAAUUUAUAAUUACUGGUUAGAUCAAAAUGGAAUAUAUGUUAUAUAAUAAUCAAAUAUUAAUGUAUAAAUGUUUUUUUCUGUGAAAUCGUUGGAAUUUAAGAAUAUAUGUUAAAAAAAAAAACAGAAUUUGGGAU